CGUGCCGGGUCGGGUUCCCACAGCGGCUCUUCAACGUCAGUUCACGUCAGUUGUUCUUCGCUCCAGCUUGGCCAAAAGUUUCCUCCAUUUUUUGGCGUCAAAGUCCCUUCACCAUUCCCAUCUCUGAGCCUCGAUAUCUAGCGCCGCAUUUAGAGACCAAUAUGAAGUACCGGGAGGUGAUAAUGUACACGGAAAUCGGGAGUUUCGUGUUGUGCGUCUCCGGAUGGAUCCUAGUCUGCUCUACCAUGCCCACUGAGUACUGGAAUUACUCCACCGUUGACAGCAUUGUCCUCACCACUUCAAACUACUUCUCUAACCUUUGGAAAGACUGCAUUUCCGAUUCAACUGGCGUAUCUGAUUGCAAAGAGUUCCCAUCAAUGUUGGCACUAGAGCUGUACAUACACGUGUGCAGGGCCCUCAUCAUCAUCGCCAUCAUCCUGGGCUUCUUUGCCGCCAUCCUGGCCCUGGUGGGGAUGAAGUGCACCAAGAUCGGCGGCUCCGAGAUCGUCAACGCAAAAGUCACGUUCGCAGCAGGGAUAAACUACCUGAUCUCAGGGUUCUGUGCCAUGAUCGCAUUCUCCUGGUAUGGAAACAGGAUACGAGCUGAAUUUGUGGACCCAAACUUCAAGGCGCAGAAAUUUGAGAUUGGAGCAGCGGUGUUUGUGGGCUGGGGGGGCUCCUCCCUGCUCAUCGCGGGGGGGUUUGUCUACAGUUUCUUCGCUGGAAGGGAGGGUCUCGGCUCCAGCUCAAAGUACCCGAAGAAGCCUGGGUCCAACAUCACGGCUCGAACCCGACGCACGUACAUGCUGCCUCCCCUAACCAGGGACGGCGGGGAGAGCAGACGGACCAGGGCUCCCUACGCCCAAACCGGCAGAUCACUCAGCAGAGAUCCCUACGCCCAAACUGGCAGAUCACUCAGCAGAGAUCCCUACGCCCAAACCGCCAGAUCACUCAGCAGAGAUCCCUACGCCCAAACCGCCCGAUCACUCAGCAGAGAUCCCUACGGCCAAACCGCCAGUAGAGAUGCCUACGUCUAAUAUACGAUGUCAAUGUCUAAUGCACCACUCUAAUGCAUAUGCAUACUUCAUACAGAACUCCUCAAUAGUUUUAAAACUUUUAUUUUAUUAGAGAACAAUUGAGUCACCAUCUACAUGUAGUUCCAUGUUAAAUGUGAGGACUAAAACUUUAAAAUGUGCACACUGUACAUAGUUUACACCGUACAAACGUCUUUGGUGAUGGGCUGUAGCUGCAUUCAGGGGUUUGUGGUUCAAGCAAGAAAGUACCACAAAAGCAGCGUUGAGAACAAUGUUAUGUUUAUAGAAGCUCUACAUAUUUUCAUUUUAUACCUUUAUUCACAUUUAUAAACCUUUUUAUACUGCAUUGGUACUUUAUUUCUUGAGUGCAUUGGUUGCAGACAUAGGAAAUGGUUCCACUAAAAAAUAAAACCCAUUUUUGAAGAACAGUUUGGUCAUUCACAUAGUUACUAAAUCUGCAGCAAAACUUUGCUGCUUUAGAGUUAACUAAAGUACGUUUUCAUGCUUUAGACCAUAUAUCCCUGAAUGCCCUGAAUUUCAGAAACAGGAUAGCACCUGAUGAUAGUAUGUAUGAUGCACUUGCUCCAGCAGAGGGCAGUAAUGAUUAUGAAAAAGUAUUGGGGAAAAGGUUGAUUUCUUUGAUAUAUUGUUAAUAUGCAUUGUGUAGUAAUUGUUUAAGAAUUGUGUGAAUGCGUUAAUUUAAGCUUUUUACCCUUUCUUUUUUAAAUAGUUGAAGUGAGAUUUCAAUCUAUGUAAAAAAGAAAAGAAAAAGAAAUUGGUUCUGUUUAAAUGGCUACUGAAUGAUAAAAAAUGAGAUUUGAAUAAUUUGCUUCUAGACUUUCUCAAUAACUAUGAAUAUGACAGUUCUGCCUCUUUCUUAAUUGCAAUGAAUAUACCAUAUAUAUACAGAUACAAUUUGUGCUGCAAAACAAUGAAAGCAACAUUGAUAACAGAAGACUCGUUAGAAUCAUUAGAAAUCAUUUUUAUUGUGUACAUUUGAAUCUACCUGUACAUAUGAAUAAAUGCUUGUAUAUAUGGACAUAUAAAAUGUUUCUUGUUUUUGUAAACUUGUUUAUAAAAUUAAAAAUACAAAAAUAUGACAGAA